ACCUUUUGAUUUGAGCCACAAGUACAAAAACAAAUCAGUUUCAAAUUUUUAUCUACCUGUAUGACAAUCGUAGAACAAAGAGCUCCAGGAACGCUGAGUAGAAGAGGAGGUCUUGAUCGUGUUUCGGGAGAGAGGUGAAGCCCGGGAUCUUCUGCGUCCAACCUCGAAUCACCUCCAUCGAUCUGGUCAGGAGGUCGUAAAACUGCCUCACGUGCUGAGCGUCGUCUGCCAGAGGACUCCCUGGACUCUCCUUGAACUUUUAAAAGGUCACCAGUUAGAUUCAUAAACAACAACAGAAAAUACCUCCAAUUAGAGCCCUUAAAUGCCUGCUAACCACACUUAAAGAUGAACCAACAUCUACCCCUACUUUGAAGUAGUCAAGAAGAGAUGGUGGAGGGUUUGAUUCCACGUGUGCCCUGACGAGGGCGCUCAGGAGGGAGCUGACAGGUGCAGAAGAGUCUGGGAGAGCUUUAGGUUUGGACGGCAGGCGACCCCGACGACCUUUCAGACUGUCUGUCCUCACCACUGCAGGGAAAUGGCAGACGUGUAUCAGCUUUUGUUUUACAUGUUAAUUAUUUAAAUCACCAAUGACUUUGAAUUUAAUUUUUGCAGUUCUUGGCUUCCCAUUUGAAGUUUUUAUGUCAGUUAUUGCUGUUACAAUUCAAGAAGCUUGGGGUGCAGGAGAAAAAACAGUCAGGUUUACUCCACUGAGUCAAGUUUAUCCCAUGUCUUGGGACUGGACCAAGCUCUUUGUGAUACACUUUAGAUAUGAAAUCUGGUUGUAAAGGUUUACCUUCUUUAACCAUUCCCACUACAAGGCACUUCUGAAAGCGACAGUACUGACACCGGUUCCUCCUGCGUUUGUCCACAGGGCAGCUUUUGGCAGCCAAACACACGUACUUGGCAUUCUUUUGUACCGUUCGCUGCAUGAAAAGGAGAGAGGAUUCAGAUUUAUCACAGCUUCCUGGUUGUAGCUGUCAAACCCAGGCUACGGUUUAGGUAACAACCGAUGUCCUCAGUCGCCGCCCAGCAUCGCCCCAAGCGAGUUAUAUUCAGCCACAAAACAAGGAAAGCUGGCCGAUGAUGGCGUUCAGGAAGGCUCUAAAACGGACAGCGAUCAUAGGCGGCGGUGCAGUCGCCACAGUUUUCGGCCUGUCGCAGCUGAUUGAGUACAAGAAGACACAGACUGGAUUGGCUCGGUUAGCUCAUGUGGCUGCAGAAGCAGAGCUGAAGGUUCCCUUCGCAGACGAGUUCCCCUCUCGGCAGGCGCAGCUUGCCGCGCUGCAGAACACCGAGGAGUUUGACGUUCUGGUUGUGGGAGGAGGAGCCACAGGGGCAGGAUGUGCCUUAGAUGCUGUCACUCGCAACCUCAAAACUGCCCUCGUCGAGAGAAGCGAUUUCUCUUCAGGGACCAGCAGUCGGAGCACAAAGCUGAUCCAUGGUGGAGUCCGCUAUCUCCAGAAGGCCAUCAUGAACGUAGACUACGAGCAGUACAUGAUGGUGAAAGAAGCCCUGCAUGAACGAGCAAACCUCCUGGAGAUCGCACCUCACCUGUCUGCACCGCUGCCAAUUAUGCUCCCUGUUUACAAAUGGUGGCAGUUGCCUUACUACUGGGCGGGGAUCAAGAUGUACGACCUGGUGGCUGGGAUCCAGUGCCUGAAGAGCAGCUACGUCCUCAGUAAGACCAAAGCUUUAGAGCUGUUCCCCAUGCUGAAGAAGGACAAGCUGGUUGGUGCCAUUGUCUACUACGAUGGGCAACACAAUGACGCCCGCAUGAACCUCGCCAUCGCCCUCACCUCUGCCCGCUACGGUGCUGCUGUAGCAAACUACACUGAGGUGGUCCACCUGCUGAAGUCAAAGGACCCUCAGACCGGAAAGGAAAGGGUAUGUGGAGCCCGCUGCAGGGAUGUUGUCACAGGGAAUGAAUUUGACGUGAAAGCAAAGUGUGUGAUCAACGCCACCGGCCCGUUCACAGACUCUCUGAGGAAGAUGGACAACCAGGAGACUGCAAACAUCUGUCAGCCUAGCGCAGGUGUUCACAUCGUCAUCCCCGGCUACUACAGUCCAGACAACAUGGGUCUCCUCGAUCCAGCCACAAGCGACGGGCGCGUCAUCUUCUUCCUGCCCUGGGAGAAGAUGACCAUCGCCGGGACGACCGACACGCCCACCAACGUGACAGCCCACCCAAUCCCAGGAGAGGACGACAUCAACUUCAUCCUGAGGGAGGUCCGCAACUACCUCAGCCCUGACGUAGAAGUGCGUAGAGGAGACGUGUUGGCAGCGUGGAGCGGCAUCCGUCCGCUGGUGACCGACCCAAACUCCAAAGACACUCAGUCCAUCUGCAGAAACCACAUCGUCAGCAUUAGUGACAGCGGGCUGGUCACCAUCGCCGGUGGGAAGUGGACCACCUACAGGUCAAUGGCUGAGGAGACUCUUGAUGCAGCCGUCAAAAGUCACACCCUCUCAGCUGAGCCCUGCAAGACUGUGGGUCUGAUGCUGGAGGGAGCGAAGGGCUGGACGCCGACGCUCUACAUCCGCCUGGUUCAGGACUACGGGCUGGAGAAUGAAGUCGCUCAACACUUGGCCUCAACGUACGGAGGGAAGGCGUUCGACGUGGCCAAGAUGGCUCAGGUCACCGGGCAGAGAUGGCCGAUCGUCGGGAAAAGAUUGGUGUCUGAGUUUCCUUACAUCGAGAGCGAGGUGCUGUAUGCAAUCAAGGAGUACGCCUGCACAGCCAUCGAUGUGAUCGCCAGACGAACACGUUUGGGCUUCCUGAACGUGCAGGCAGCCGAUGAAGCCCUGCCUCGCAUCGUGCAGAUCAUGGGGAAAGAGCUUGGCUGGAGCGAGGAGAAGAAGACGGCGGAGCUCGAUGCAGCUAAGAAGUUUUUAUACCAAGAAAUGGGCUACAGGUCUCGUUCUGAGCAGCUGACUAAGACGUCUGAGAUAAACCUGGACUACCAGGAAGUCGUCAGGUACAAGAAGCGUUUCCAUAAGUUUGACAAAGAAAGCAAAGGAUUCAUCACCACCGUGGACGUUCAGCAAGUCCUUGAUAGCAUUAACGUGCAGAUUGAUGAAAACGCUCUCCAUGAGAUCCUGAAUGAGGUGGACCUGAACAAAAACGGACAGGUGGAGAUAGAUGAAUUCCUGCAGCUGAUGAGCGCCGUGAAAAAGGGGCUUCUGUCUGAUAGCCGUCUGGCCAUCCUGAUGAAAUCUGCGGAGGAGACUCUUGAAAAGAGAGGCCCGGUGACGGUGGACCGGAGCGGGGGCGGAGUCUAAGACCAACAAGAGAGAUUUGUGGUCGAUUGAAAGGUGGUGAUGGCGAAUGCAAAUCACUCCAUUUGAAUAACAAUAACGCAAUCAAGCACGCAGCAGGAUGAAUUCGGCCAAAUCAGCGUCACUCCUGAGUGUUUGGAGUGAAAUCCAAUCUAAUGAUGGAGGCGGAGGUUUCUUUUCUAACAUCAGGUGCCUCUGAUUUUACACAGCACACAGCUCAUCCUUUUUAUAUCGUCUUUUAAACAAACUUUGAUAUUUUAACCAUUUCAUUAUGUCUCUAGAUUCUCCAACUCUCCUUUUUAAAGUGAUCGACUCUGAUUGUUGAGGAAACACUCUCCUCAAUGCGAUGCAGCUUUCUCUGACGGCAACUAACAACACUUCUAGCUACGCUGUAUUUUACAGGCCCAUCUCUUCCUUACAGUUCUUUAAAAGUUUCCUGGAAAAAUAAAUAACUCAGUGCCAGUUCUAGCAGAUUAGACAGUGUUCACAACACAUAGAGAGGCUGUGGAGCUCUGUUCUCUUGUAGUCAGUGAAUCAGUUAGUUUUCUAAGAAUGCUAUAAACUUUUUACACAUGUUUCCUCAAAAGAGGAAAAGGAUGUGUGUGUAAAAGCUGUUCAAAGCUUGUUUUUAGAGAUUGUUUUGUACCUUUAAGAAUAACUGAGUGUUUUAACUUUUAUAUGUCAGAAAAAAAAUGAAUGUUAAAGUGUAAAUGAUGUCAAGAGCUCCAUAAACAUGGUUUGUACUUGUAGGGUAACACAGCCCUGACACUUUUAGUUUACCUGCUUGUUUGUUACUUUAAAACACAGCAAGAAAUCAAACAAGUGUCCAUGAGUGUGCAGCUACUGAUCUUACUCUCAGAAACAUUAGCUUAUAAAGAAAGAGUAGAUCUAGAAACUCAAUCAGAACAUUUAGAAAUGUUCGUCAGAAAUCAGCAUCAACAUGCAGACAUCAUCACUGUGAUUACCAGAGCAGAUAAUGUACCAUUCCUUCAGGAUGAGGUGUGUUAAUAUGAGAUCAGGUUGUUUAUUUAAUAUAUUUCACCUCUUAUAAGUAACAAAUCACUAAUUCUUUCCAGGAAACUUUUGAUCAGACUUGUAAGAAACAAUGGACCCUAAAUUAAAUCUUUAACUAGCAUUUAAAUGCGACUUUUCUGAUCAUGAUACCGGUGUUUGUCUGGUGUUAUGUAAAGGUUCCUAAAGCACUCCGAGAUGUUUCUGAUCUUGGGUAAGUUUAAGGUGAAUCUAACAUACAUCUUCUUGCCUACUGUAUUUUCCAUCUAUUGCACUUAACCACUACUGACUCUGAGGUUUACACCACAAGGUUUCAGCUUUAGCGUUACUGAGGGAGAUGUUUUUAACAACUGCUGCUGCUGCUCUCUGCUUUCUGUGUAUGUUUCAAAUAAUUUAUUCUUGCUCGCUUUUGUCUCUGCAGCUGUUUACUGACAGACAUAGAGGAUUUAGAUCUAAAAACAGGAUUUCAAAGGGAUGUUUUAUUUCUAUUUGCAUGCUAAAUGUUUGCCCUAAAUAAUGUAAAGAUAAAUCUUUAUUUUUAUUACGGUUGUUUGAAGUGGAUUUAGUUCUUUUGUGUCUGUGUUUGAGAGAAAUCUGCUGUAUUAACGCACAUCCAGUCUGUCUGCAGCAGACUGGUAUAUGAUAUAUAGAUAUAUGGAUACAAAUCUGCACUGCAUGCUGUUAGCUUCUUUAAUGUGAUAAACAUUGAUUGAAAAUGAAAGGCAACGCACAAAGUGAAUGUAUGAUACGUGCCUUGAUGUGCCUAUAAGACAUUUUCAGUUUGCCACACUCCAUGUAAACAAACACAGGACGUUAUAUUGUUGAGGAUGUAAAGAUAUUUAAAGACCAGAUGUUAUAAAAGGAAAGUAUUUAAGAUGUCUUGUAUGUUAGUGUUUUUAAGUAACAGAGAGUGCUGCUAUGUUGAAGGAGUUAGAGGAGGAUUUUAUCCAAGUUUGAUUUAAAGAUGAGUGGAAUCUUUUUCUCCUCUUGAUUUGUAGAUUUGUUGUUUCCUACUCUGCUGUGUUUAAUGCAGUACUCAAGUUUUAGACCAUGUUAUGACACUAAAGGCAAUCAUGGAGCUCCAACAGAAAGGAGUGAACUUCCUCCAGCAUGGCAGCACUUUCUCUUUCUCUGUUGCUGUAUCUUUUAUAUUGUAAAAAACAAAGUGUGUGUUAAUGCAGACUGCGCUUCCUUAUGGCCUUCGUGUUCUGAUUGAUAUAUGAUCAUAUUUUCUACAGACUUCUUACAGAAUCAUUCCACAGGUAUCCUCACAUUGUAACUGUUACUGACAUGUUUGUGUGUGUGUGUGUCAGUGUGUGGUCAUGGAGGGGUUUAGCCACAAAACCCUCGUCUUGAUGUUUGAUUGUCUCUUUUUGGAUGAAAUUACAGCUUUAUCCACGCUCAAAGAGAAUCAGAUAACUUCUUUUUACUGUUCCAUAAGUACUGUAAGAAAACGGAGAGUCAAACUUCAGGUUUAAAAAAGGAAACAGAGCAAUUAUCUCAUUAAAUGUAUCUGGUUGCUGCAAGCUUUGUGUGGACAUCAUUCACCCGAGGAGUCAGAACAUGUGACGACAUGUGAACACCCCAGCAUGUUUACUGCAUGAACUCAUCUGUAAUAUGAUUUAUGUUUUUAAUUUUUCUGAUUUAAAACGACGACUUAAGUAAACUCCAACUGUUUAACCUG